AUGUCGAAUACGGGGCCAAAACCGAAGCGAUUAAAAAAAAUUACUGGAUGGUUUCAAAGAACUAAUGUCUCCUCUUCAAGUUCAAAUUCGAUUUCUAAUCCUUCCAUAUCUUCUCCAAACAUUGAUCAUCCAACUCAACCUUCAGAGUCUCCAAAUAUAGAUGAUCCACCACAAUAUGUAGAGCCACCAAAUAGGGUUAAUGCUCUUGAACGUGAUCCUGGAUUACGUUCUGCUAUAUGGAAAUAUCCAGUGAAUGAGCAUGACAGUAUUCGAAAAGCCUAUAUUUUGUUGGGGCCGUUUCAACCUGAGUUGGUGUUUCCAUUAUCAGAACAUGGGGAUCAACAACGUAGAUUUCAGUAUUCUUGGUUCAAGGACAAUCCAUGGCUUGAGUAUUCAAUUGCUCUUGAUAAAGCAUAUUGCUUUCCUUGUUUUCUUUUUGACACUGAAAAUUCGAAAAAUCAUACAUUCACUCUUGAAGGGUUUAGAAAUUGGAAGAGAAUUUGUGUUAGUGAUAAUAUGUUUGUGAAGCAUGUAGGGGGCAUUACAUCUCCAUAUAAUGUUGCAAUGCAAAAAUGGGAUUUGUUAAGAAACCCAGAAAAGCAUAUUGAAACAAUUCUUGAGUCAAGAUCACGAAAGGAUGUGGAAGACAACCGAAUGAGGCUUAAGGCUGCAAUAGAGGCUGUUAGAUUGCUAGCUAAUCAAGGAGCUCCUUUUAGAGGGCAUGAUGAAUCCGAAGAUUCCUUGAAUCAAGGAUAUUUUAAGGAAGUCAUAAAAUCCUUUUCAAGAAUGAGUGUGGAGGUGGAGAGAGUUGUUUUAGGAAAUGCUCCUAGAAAUGCUAAGUACACUAGUCCAACCAUUCAAAAGGAGCUCCUAAAUAUUCUUGGUAACAAAGUGAGGGGCAAGAUACGUGAUGAAGUUGGGAAUUCCAAGUAUUGUAUUCUUGUUGAUGAAGCAGUUGACACUUCUAGUAAGGAACAAAUGGCAAUUAUUCUGAGAUUUGUUGAUUCUAAAGGCCUGAUUCGAGAAAGAUUUUUUAAGAUUGUGAGUGUUCCUAACACUACCUCACAAACUCUUAAAAAUGAGAUCUCGAAAGUACUUACUAUGUAUAAUCUUCAAGUGAGAAAUAUGCGUGGUCAAGGGUAUGAUGGUGCUAGUAAUAUGAGGGGUAUUUUUAAUGGAUUGAAAUCAUUGUUUCUUCAAGAGUGUCCAUAUGCAUAUUUUGUGCAUUGCUUUGCUCACCGUUUGCAGUUGACAUUAAAUGCUACAGCUCAAGGGUGCAUGACAUUUGGGAAUUCUUUCUACCUUGAGUUUUUAUUGUGA